AUGCGUAACCCGCCUAUAUUGCCAGUGCUUCAAAGUCCUUACGAUCCUUUAGCUAAUGGGGCUGAUUUGUCAUUAAACAAGAAUAUUGAUUACUGGAAAGGAUUUGGUCACAAGAAUCAUGAAUCGGUUGAUCUCUCUAGUGUAAAAGAAACAUCCGAUUUAGAAAAGCAAAAUGAAGAGCUUAAAAAUCAAGUUGAAAAUUUUAAAAAACAAAUACAAAAUGUGGGUAGUAAAGGCAUUGCCCUACGAAAAAAAAGUAAAAAAAAAUCUAAAGUUGAUGUUAACAAAGACUUAUGGAAAGGCGGAUUACAAAAAUCCGCCUUAAAUUCUAUUAUCGGAGUUCUUUUUAAAAUUCGUCAUAGCACACCGGAAGAAAUCGAUUGGAACGCUCUAAAAGACGAAUAUGAACAACAAAUUAAUAAAGAAAGUCCUGUUUCUACAGAACAUAAUGAAACUAGAAGUGAAGAUAAUAGCGAAGAAUUUGAUGACAAUGAAG